AUGUCUUUCGGAGGAGGCUUCGGUGGCUUCGGCCAGAACAAUAAUACUCAGCAGACCGGCUUCGGAGCUGGUGGAUUUGGGUCGAGCAACACGACCAACAAUACAGGUACGUCUACUCUCACUUCUAGCUUUGUCUCUGCUCCAGAGAAUGUCUUGGAUCGCGGGUUUUGCAAUCAGCGUGGACCCAUCGCUUACUCGAACCUUCUCUGCGCCCGACAGGCUUUGGCGGAACUGGAAACACAGGUUUCGGCAGCACGAACACGGGUGGCGGGCUCUUUGGAAGCGGCGGUACUGGGACGACUGGUGCCUUUGGCUCUGGAGGUAUGUCGCCGAAUCUCUGCUCUGGAUCGUUCUCGAAUCGAAUGUGCGCUGCGCUCUCCGGGCGUGCAUGUCAAAGCCAAAAGCGCAUUCGCGUCCUCUAUCCUCUCUUCAAUAUUGGUUAUCCACUACAUCUUUAUUGCAGCGACUAUGGUUGAUCGCCGCAAUCGUCUUCCCUUAAGGGCUGCUUUCUCAGGUGGCUUUGGCAGCACUACAAACAAUACUUUUGGAGCGAAGCCUGGCGGAUUUGGUGCCGCGGCAUCUAGUGGAGGAUUAUUCGGGACGAGCAAUACUGCUACAGCAGGGGGUUCUGGUUUCGGGGGAUUCGGAGGAAAUAACUCGACAACUACUGCCUUUGGCGGGGGAAACAAUUCCGGUGGUGGAUUAUUUGCCCAGAACAAGCCUGCCUUUGGUGCUACUCAAGCGCCGUCCAACCCUUUCGGAGGAGCAGCUACCAGCUCUCCCUUUGGUGGAGGCGCAGCCACUGGCGCAUUCGGAGCCCCUCAGUCGACAGCCCUCACCACUGCAGGUGUGGGAGAGUGCCAGGGAACUGGAAGCACUCAAUUCCAACCAUUUGUCGAGAAAGAACCCAACAGCAGCACGAACCAACAGAAUGCCUUCCAAAGUAUCUGCUUCCAGCCCCCGUACCAGAAAUUUUCACCAGAGGAAUUGAGACUAGCAGACUACGCCCAAGGCCGCAGAUAUGGUAACGGCAACAACCAGACAGGAGCAUUUGGUGCAACAAACUUUGGUGGUUUUGGAUCAAGUCAACCCGCCUCAACCGGUUUUGGCGCGCAGCCUGCGACGACCAAUGCCUUUGGAGGAGGAACCAGCACAGGUUUUGGCACUAGUCAACCUGCUUCGACCGGCUUUGGAAACACGGCAACAAGUGGUGGUCUAUUUGGCGCAAAGCCUGCGACUGGUGGACUCUUUGGCUCUACUCCGGCGGCGACGAAUACCAGUACCCUGUUCGGAGCUCAACCUGCGGCCCAGCCAGCUGGAGGUCUGUUUGGAGCACAGCCUGCUACUACAAACACUGGUGGUCUCUUUGGAAACAACAAUGCUGCCAAGACCCCUUUUAACUUUGGUACAUCUCAACCAGCAGCUACCGGUACGGGCUUCGGUGCUUCCACAACGACAGGAGGCUUUGGAAGCGGCGGUGGCGGCUUGUUCGGGAACAAUACUCAGCAAGCUACCACAACUGGGUUCGGUGCUGCUGCCGCACAGCCUGCUGCAAGUACUGGCUUUGGUGGCUUUGGUGCGAGCAACACCCAGCAAAGCGGGGGUCUAUUUGGUGCAGCAAACCAAGCCAAGCCUGCUACUGGCGGUCUAUUUGGCUCUACACCUGCGGCUACAAACACUGGCGGCCUCUUCGGAAGCAGCCAGCCAGCUGCCAAUACAAACCCAUUUGGUGGCUCAACUGCUAAUCAGAGUACUGGUGGCCUUUUUGGUGCCAAGCCAGCAGCCACAGGAGGUCUGUUUGGAAGCACACAACCCACGAACACUGGUAGCGGUGGUCUCUUUGGAAGUUUUGGUAACAACCAGAAUCAGAACCAGCAACAAAACACAGGCGGUCUUUUUGGUGCUACAAACAACAACCAAGCAAAGCCGGGUGGUCUCUUCGGAUCUACUGGAACACAGCAACAGACUGGUGGCUUGUUCGGAAGCACCAAUGCUCAACAAUCCGGCGGCCUGUUCGGCGGCUCGGCCAACACCGGCCAGCAACAACAACAGCAGCAGCCACAGAAUUCCAUGUUCGGCAGCGGCAAUUCCAUCUUCAACACAUCCCAGCAAAACCAACAAACUCCUCAAUCUCUUACGGCUAGCAUUAACGACAAUACUGCAUUUGGCUCUACGUCGCUAUUUGCAAACCUGGCCUCAACUCAAGUCAAUAAUCCUGGCCCCAUUGCCACUCCUCUGUCCAGCAAUGUCAAGGCUAAGAAGAGUGCUGCUCUCCCGAUGUACAAGUUGAACUCCACUCCGGGCUCUCGCUUCUCCACACCUCAGAAACGCCCUGGCUUUGGGUUCUCUUACAGCAACUAUAACUCACCCAGCAGUUCUUCCAGCACAACCAGCACUCCAGGUGCAUUUAGUGGUAGCCUGCUUGGUGGUAGCUUUGGUCGCUCUCUCAACAAGAGCAUGUCCACCAGCAGUCUCCGCCGAAGCUUCAACACCGAAGAUAGUAUCCUGGCUCCCGGUGCUUUCUCUUCUAGCCCCAACAACAGACACUUUGGAAGCACUGGCAGUGUGAAGCGGCUUGCGAUUAGCAGAGGUCUCCACCAAGAUCUUUUCAGUCCCCCUGAGGCCGCCCAGUCCCCACAGCACAGUUCACAAAUCCAAGGUGGCAUUCUCAAGAAGCGGGUCUCGUUCGGCGCUGAUGUUACACUCAACGGUCACGGAUCAUCUUCUGAUAGCCCCUUAAAGCAGGUGAACAAUAUCGGUGGCAAUUCAGACCCAGCUAGUGCCAAUGGCAAGAAGCGAACAGGCACUUCCAGUCCUGUGGAGACUGAGCAAGCUACCAAUGCCAAUAAUCAGCUGACUAUUGUCAAUGAGGAGGAGACCGCUCUCACCCAGCCGAAUUCCCAAAAUCCGGGGCAAGACAAGGAAGUCGGACAGUACUGGAUGAAGCCCUCAAGAGAGGAGAUUGAGAACAUGACUCGCGAAGAGCGCAAGGCGGUCACUGGCUUUACCGUUGGUCGUAAUGGUGUUGGCUCCGUCUCAUUUAAGUCAGCCGUCGACUUCACAAACAUCAACCUUGAUGACAUCUAUGAUAACAUCGUCGUUCUCGUCCCCAGAUCGGCUACAGUGUAUCCAAACCCUGCUAAGAAGCCACCAGUGGGCAAGGGACUGAAUUUGCCAUCUCUCAUCUCGCUAGAGAACUCAUGGCCUCGAGGCAAGACAGGUAGCAACGUUAGAUUCGCAAAGCACAUCGAAAAGCUCAAGCAGGUCAAAGAUACUACAUUCGUUGAUUACAUCAAGGAUACUGGAGCAUGGAUCUUCACUGUUGAGCAUUUCACCACUUACAGCUUUCCGGAGGAGGAGGAGGAGGAGAUUGAUGCUACUAGCGAGUUUGGACAGAGUACAUUGAGUGCUCCGCCAGAAACUCCCACCCCGAUCGCACCUACCCCCAAGUCCGCUCAUUUGGAUGAGUCCUUUGCCUCCGAUUCUCAAAUGACCUACGACGAGUCCGAUCCAGAGGACACAUUCGCGUUCAGAAAAAAGAAGGUUCUCCCUGGCGCUUUCGAUGACCAGGAGCUUUACGAUGACGAGAAUAUGGACGGUGAAUACGAGGAGCAGCAAGAGGAGUCUUUUUUAGAUGAGCGCUCCGUGGGUUCACAGUCGGAGAGCGGCGUCGAAGAGCCAAUGGAUCAAGACGGUGUCUACGAAGAUGGUGAAUCUGUCAGCAUAGUGGAUCAAGAGAUGGCGGGCUCUUAUCCCGUGGCUGGCAAUACCGCGGAGCUCUAUGACUCGCAAGACGAUGACGAGGAUAUGGACGUCACGAUGGAAACACCCGGUGUGGUUUUGAGAGCAAGACAGAGAUUGUUGAAGAGUUCGGAAACGCCUCUCAAGCGGAAGUUCACUGCAGCUGACGACUGGGCAAUCACCUUGCAAGCCACAGUGAGUCCCAAGAAGCAGGAUCGAGCUUUACUCAAGAGCAUGAUCGAGAUCCACGGUGAUGAUUACCGAGGUGACUCAGCGCCAACACCAAUGCCACGGAGAGUUGUCUCAGACAACCGUGGGUUCGCAACCACUAUUGAUCUGAUGCACUCGUUGCACGGCACGUACAGUCCGAUCAAGGCGGCAAAAGUUCCAGCAAAGCCAGAGGGGUUUAAGUGGCCAUAUGUAAAGAGAUCAAAAACCGGUGACCAAGACAUGUCGAAUAUGUCAGAGCAAGACCGUGCUUUUCACGACUCCAUGAAGCCUCAGUGGGGCCCUGAUGGUACUUUGGUUUAUGCCGCUCCACAAAGCACAAAGCCAUUUGGACGAUCAUCCCGCCAUGUUCGUGAGAGAGAUGGCUUGCUUACGAUCCAGAAGGGGGGUGUCGUAUCAGAGCAUCGAGACAUCCGAUUCGCCAAAUUCUCGAAUGAAGCCUCCGGCACUCUGCUCAAGAAACACAAAGACAUGACCCUGUUUGAUGUUUCGGACGGUGUUCCAAGUGCUCGACUCCCCGAAUUUUUUUCAUUCGACGAUUUCUUCGACGAUGGUGCUGCCUCGAACCCAGCUGCCACACAUGAGAAGCUUAUUUGGCAGCUGGCUAGUGUUCUCUUUGACCCUAUUGAGCCCCCAGAGAGUCUUCAGCAUGUUCCAGAUAUUCGGGAUCGUUUGAGAAAGGACAACCUGUCGGCGUUUUGGCAGAAGCUAGUGGACGAGUCGACUUCCAAGCAUGUUGCUCUCGCUAAGUCUAACGAGGAGAAGGCUAUUGCAUCCCUGUCGGGUCAUAGAAUUCCUGAUGCAUGUGGACAACUCGUCAGCAGCGGUAACUACCACCUGGCCACUCUUGUUGCUCUGAUCGGUAGCAAGGACAGCAUCAGAAAAGAUAUGCGUCAACAGCUCGAUGACUGGCAAAAGACACAGAUGCUUGCUGAAUUCAGCCAGCCUGUACGAACUGUUUAUGAGUUUCUCGCUGGUAACGUGUGUGUCUGUGCUGGCUCCAAGGGCGAAAUGGCUACUUUUGGCAUUUCCAAGCGAUUUGGGCUUGAUUGGCGACAAGCUUUCGGACUCCGACUCUGGUACGCUAUCUCAGCCAAGGAGCCACUCGAGUCUGCCGUUGCAGAAUUCCAAGAAGACAUCGCGCAAGAUAGGGAAACUGCUACACCUCACUCGUGGUAUGUGGAGCAGAAGGUACCGGCUUUGUGGGACGACGCAAACCUUCAGCAGCGUGAGGACUUGUUGUGGGGUCUUCUGAAGCUAUAUGCAUACAACAACGAGGUCAAUGUUGAAGAUGUACUCCGACCCGAGAAUUCUCAACUAUCUCCCCUCGACGUCCGUCUUACUUGGCAACUCAGCCGAGCUCUUAUCGCUUCCGGACAAGUUCAAUACUCGGAUAACCCCGAUGAAAAUGCUGAUCGAACCACCCUUUCGUUUGCUGCCCAGCUUUCCAGUGAAGGUAGCUGGCUCGAUGCAGUCUUUGUCCUUCUACAUCUCACCUCGGCCGAGGCCAGAGCAAGAUCCAUCCAAGAUCACCUUGCACAGCACGCUGGGCUUAUCUGCUCGGAAGACAGUCAAAGCUUUGCCACGUUGACACAGACUUUCCAAAUCCCGGCAGCUUGGAUCUGGGAGGCCAAGGCUCUUUACAUGCGAAGUGUAGAGAGAAACCCAAUUGGUGAAGUCGAGUGCCUGAUCAAAGCUGGCUCAUUCAAUGAAGCUCAUCGCACCUUUGCCAGACAAGUUGCUCCGCAGGCUGUUGUUGAACUCGACUACAACACUCUCAGAGCACUACUUCUUGGACUCCAGGAUAAGAAGAACUCGAUCGCGGAGUGGCACUUGGGUGGAGAGAUCUAUCAAGACUUCUUGGAGCUCCUCCAGAGCGACAAGAAGGGGCAUGCGGUUGACGAUCUGCUUGUAGAGAGAUUGCUUGCCGGUCUUCCGGCUGUAGUCCAGGAUUCCCGUCAUCCGAGCUUCAUGGAGACGGUUGCCAUCGAGACCAUCAGUGGAGUGGUUGCUAAGACUGUCAUUGCUAUUGGCAAGAAGGGAGAAAAAAACAAUAUUCAUAACGUCUUGAGACUUCCACUCACCGAAGACAAAUAUCUCAAGCACACCGUGGAUUUGAGCCUAGAGUACUAUCGGGGGGUAAUGGAAAGCGCAAGAUGA